AUGGCUGGACGCAAGCGAGGGCCACGUUUCAAAGAUCCAGAUGAACCUCGUCAAAAAAACGGCAGGGUGUCGGUGCUUGACAGAGCGAGGAUUGUGGACUUCUACAGGCGUGGUGGCGACCUAAAGCAACUGGCGGAGGCCCUGGGCAUCAACAUGAACACACAUCACUUCCUUGGCAGCACGACGGCGCAAACCCUUCAUCUGGCGCCCAACGUGGGGCUUGAGCCGCCCGCUGCCAGCAAGAUGGAGGCCGCGAUGCAACAGUUUCGCGAGGCGUUCCAACGGCUGGACAAGAUGACCGCGGCCUACUUCGAGGCAAAAGGAGUUCGGGUCCCGACAGUGGCCGAGGGACGAUGGGCGGCGCUUGUGGCUCGACAGACUAUCUCGCCGGCACAGGUUCAAGGAGAGGCCGAGGUUUUCGGCGAACGCAAAGAUGAAGACGGCGGUGGUCAGACCGGGGAGGCCUUGGUCGUGGAGCCCGCAGAGAACGAGAGCGCCUCGGGCCUUUUGGCCGUCCCCACCGCGGAAUGCGGGCUGACGCUGGGUCCCGACGAAGAAACACAUCAGCCCCCAUCCCCUUCGGUGGUGUUUGUUUCCGGGGCCACGCCGGAAUGCGUUAGCGGAAAGCCAAGCGACCGGGACGACAGGGAUCAAGAUUCUGCGCCGCGGGAACGCAAGAGGCUGCAGCUCAACCUUCGCUCGGUGCCCUUGGAAGCCAACACGGAGGCUGCUGCCAUGUCCAAGGCUCCCGAGCUUGCACCUAAAGGCUCAUCGUCCAUUUUCGGCGGAGCGCGACCCGUUGACACGGCUGCCCGAGAGCGUGAGAUCGAAGCACGGUUGGCUCGGCAGCGUAAAGAACGCCGACAGAUCAGGCACCGGGAACCUUUCAGGACGGCCGCAAGGAAGACCAGACAGCGGCACCACCCCGCACCGCCUAGCCCAGCCAACAGGACAUUAGCCCGGGACGAUGAGAUGCAAUGA